CUCCUCAGGAUCUACUACCGGUUAACGUCAACAUUGGUGCUGCGGAUGCGUGAUGUAACAAACAGUGGGGAUAUUUCUUAACUUAUCGCAACAAGUUUUGCUUUUUAGUUAAAAAAUCACGUUCUGAACGACAGUUUGGAUUAACGCUGUCGUAUUUGUUGUUCGUCGCUUUGUAUUCAGUUAAACCGUCACACGGUUGAACUGUCAGUCUUCUUCGUGUGCUAACGUUAGCAACUCCGUAACCGUUUCUACAUGGGAGCUAGCUAGCUAGCAGCCGCUGGACUUUCUUCGAUAUCACUCCUUUUUUACGAGUUAUUUUUUUGAAACUUCCUGUAGCGUCUUCUCCUCUUUGUUAGCCCCACAUCCCCACCCACUGGGCCUCCCUAUGUACUUACUUUGAGGCGCUGGCUGCCAGCGGAGUCCCCCCACCUGAACCCUCUCGUUGAGUGGAUCUAUCUUUAAAUGGCCACCGCCGCCCCCCCUCCAGCCGCUGGCCCUGCUGCUGCGGCCACUGAAAACACAAGUCCCGGAGCCAGCAGCUCGACUGCGGCCGACAGUGGCAACCAGGACAGCACUUUUGAGUGUAAUAUAUGUCUGGACACGGCUAAGGAUGCAGUCAUCAGCCUGUGUGGACACCUCUUCUGUUGGCCUUGCUUGCAUCAGUGGUUGGAGACCAGACCCAACAGACAAGUGUGUCCAGUGUGUAAAGCAGGCAUCAGCCGAGACAAAGUAAUCCCCUUGUAUGGACGGGGAAGCACAGGUCAACAAGACCCCAGAGAAAGAACGCCUCCUCGACCACAGGGGCAAAGGCCUGAGCCAGAAAACCGUGGUGGCUUCCAAGGGUUUGGCUUUGGAGAUGGGGGUUUCCAAAUGUCGUUUGGAAUCGGUGCCUUUCCAUUUGGUAUUUUUGCAACAGCUUUUAACAUCAAUGAUGGCAGACCUCCUCCAGCGGCUCCUGGGACACCGCAGCACAUGGACGAACAGUUUCUGUCUCGACUCUUCCUGUUUGUUGCUCUGGUGAUUAUGUUUUGGCUGCUGAUUGCAUAAAUGCACGGAGAGACAACUCGACAGAGAUGCGACAUAAUGGCACGCCAUCAUGGUUUGCAAUAAUUUGAUUUUGUCACCUUUCUGAUGUUUUUUUUUUUCUCAUUGACAUGAAGCCAUGUGAGAUUUAAAUGAAACAGGUUUUUCCAAAAUAAAGAUAUCUGUGUUAUUCCCUGGAUAACGACUUUCAAGGUGAAGGUGGUUGCUUAACAUUUUAACUGUAAAUGGUAAUACAUCCUGAUACUGCUGACAGAGAUAUGUCCAGCUGUACUGACACAACCACUUACAUGACUGCCGGGCAGCUAGCGAGAGUGUGGAUGCAACAAUAGUCUGCAGGGCCCUUUUAACCUUAUGUAAGCGACGUAGAAACAAAAGACGCAUGAUAGACACAGGUGUAAAUGGGAAUAUGUCUCAGCUGUCCACCUAUAUUAGGAUCACAAAAAGGCAUGUUUAAACUAUGUGUAAACAGGCUCUGACUGUUGUUUUUAAUCAGACACAUACAUGAGCUCAUUCAGGUGAGAGCAAGUCGAAGAGAUCGUUCUCUGUGCUCUUUUUUGAAUAAUGUUUUAGUACUAUCACUGUAUUUCAAGAUAUACUCUUCUAAACAAAGUAAGACCAUCAGUGCUCUGGUUGGAUUUUCUUUUACACUCUUAAUACCUUAUGUAGUAUAUGAUAAUUUCCUCUCAGCCUAUAUUUGGCCCCUGUGACCCUAUUUGAACCCUAUAAACCACUGAUACUCAACUUACAGCCUGCAGGCCAAAUCUGACCCGUGAUAGGGUGCCAGAUGGCCUCACAACCAUUUCCUUAUUUACAUUGAAAAUAAAAUGGGUCACACUGGUUUUUUUUUUGUACUUUUAUAUAGAUCAUGUGCCAGAGUGCAUAAUAAUAGUAGACAGAUCAAAGCUCCAGUAACACUUGUAUUCAGAACAACUUUAUUGCAAGACCAACACGUACUCUUUCAUCGCCAUCAUGACUCAAGAUGAAGGCCACGAACCAGAACAUGUUGGUUUUGCAAUAAAGUCGUUCUAAAUACUAAAAGUGUGUCUGAAGUUUUGAUCUCCUUUGGCUUAUUUCCCCUCUCCAUUCACUUUGGAAGUAGGUGAAGUUGUGCCAGAAACACUCACCCUCAGCCCUGACUGUCCUCAAAUCCUAGAGACACCUCUGUGUACACCUGAUCUCCUGCGACUGGCCUUCUGUCAUUUUGCAAAAGUGGCCCCGGGCAAAGCAAGUUGAGCCUCUCUGCUUUCACCUAAAGCUUUAAUAGGAAAUUAAUUUUGGUCAGUUGGUCCUUCUCUUACUGAGUGGUCAUUGCAGGAAAAGCACAGGUGUUACUACUAACAUUGAUGAUGGCUCUGUUCUAUUCAAGUGUCCAAUAAGCCAUGACAGUUUGAUCGUUAAAUUUACUACUGUGCUUUUCCUACAUGUUACAAGUCAAAAUGUCUUCCAUGGAAAAUGACCAUCAACAGGUUGCAAAGUAUCAUACAGUUACACUCUGAAUACUAGCAUGUGCCUCCUCCAUGUUGUCUCCCUGAUCUGUCACGUACUAAGUUGUUUUUAUCAAGCUGUACCUGAUCUUAUAAAUUACAUCUCAUCAGAAAAAAAUCCGAAAAUCACACACAUUUUGUGAAAUCAAAACGUUAGACAUCAUCUGUUUAUUUAGAUGACAAUAAAAAAAUAUGUUAAUGCAUGUAAGCAGUUGAAAAUAUUAAUUUAUGAAACAGUGUUCUUCUCUGAAUUGUCUCAUCUUUUCUCUGUCACUGUAAUUAAAUGUACAAUACUGUAAUUAUUACAGAAAUGAAGAUUGGCUGGUUAAAUAUGACCCACUUUUCUAAUUGUAAAUUCCCUCUAUUGACAGUAAAACUAUGUAAAUAAAGCUGUUAAUCAGACUUUA